AACUUACGUCGUUCCAACUUUAUUUAUACGGGUGAAAUAUGUCGCUUUCAGUUCCCGGGGAGUUUAUGUCUUAUUUUUAAAAGUGUGCGCUUCGCCUCGCGCUUCACCUUUUUCUUCCCCCCGCCCCCGGUAACGUUUCUCCGGUGCAUCUCUCCGUGAUGUCGGGCUCGCAGCUGCUCAGACUGCGGGUCAACGAGCGGCUGGAAGCGGCCGUGGAGGAAAUAUUCGGCCUCGUCGAGAAGACGAUAGCGGAGUACGAAGAGGACGCAGUCCGCUCCAAGAGAGAAAUCGGCCAGCUGAAGCGGCAGCUCGAGCAGCUGGUCGUUUUAAAACCGGAAGUGUUUUUAAACGGAGCAGAGACCCAGUCGCUCUCUGAGGAGGAGAUCCUCUCAGACCAGCAGCAGCCGGACUGGCCUCCCGGUGUGGAGGAGUGCGAGACCCGGGACUCUCGUCGGGUCAAAGAGGAGCCGGUGGACUGGAGCAUCGUGCCGGACGCGGAGGCCGAAACCUCAAACGACGCCGGACGUCUGAAAUCGGCACGAGGGCGACCGGGUUCAGCGUCGCCUCCCGAGCAGGUGGAUCAGAUCUCUAAGCAGGUGGAUCAGAUCUCUAAGCAGGUGGAUCAGAUCUCUAAGCAGGAUCUGAGAGUCAGACUUCCUGAACCGGCAGCUCAUACAGACUUCCAGCUGUUCCCAACUUUCGGCACCAUAACUGUGACAUUGAAGGAAGACGAUGACGAUGCAGCUUCGUCCUCUCGCGACUCCGCCGCCGUCCGCAGCGCGCAGGAUCCGGCCACGCAGGUGGACGGACAGGUGUGCCACUUCUGCGGCCAGCGGUUCAGCGGGGACUCGGAUCUGAUCGCGCACAUCGACCAGGUCCACACGAGCGCGCGGGCCUUCAAGUGCCCCGAGUGCGACAAGCGCUUCGCGUGCCGGGCGCACCUGGUGGCGCACCUGAGGAUCCACACGGGCGAGAAGCCGUACAGGUGCUCCUUCUGCACGCGCUCCUUCGCCCAGAGCUCCAACCUCAACGUGCACCUGAGGAUGCACACGGGGGAGAAGCCCUACUUCUGCAGGGCGUGCGGCAAGAUGGUCGCGCGCAGCAACCACCUGAAGACGUGCGGCAAGACGGGCCUGGAGAGGAGGCGCUCGUUCCGCUGUUCGGUCUGUGGGAAAACGUUCCGCGCGGCGGCGAAGCUGCGAGCGCACGAGAGGGUCCACGAAGCCGGGACUUGAUGGCCGGGGGUCACGUUUUAAACGUCACAGACGGUGUUUUUUUAUUUUUCAAGUUGCUCGUGUUGAAAGAGCCGCAUGUCGUCCAUCUAAUGUCUUAACAGCAGUGCAAUAGCAUCAAUUCUGAAGGAAGCUUCCCAAAGAUGGAAUAAUAAUAAAUGACUAAAAACUACAGCAGCGCAUCUGUGUGACAGACGUCUCUGUUCCUGAAAUAAAUAAAAUGUUUCUAAUUUUACAACAA